CCUCACAUUGAAAAAAAAAAACUGCGCGCUCUUACCAGCAUUUGUGCACACAGGUGAAGCCUCACCAUGUGACCUGUGGUAUGAAACAUCCAUCUAUUGUUAGAGGGAUAAACAAAGAGUACCUCAACUUUCCAGCAUCCCGCUCUGGGCUGCAUACCAACUGAAAUACCUCUGACAGGUGAUCUGCGCGCGCACUUCCAGCGGUUUCAUGGCUCGUUCUACGCUUCCACGGCCCCUGUUCCACUCAUGAUCGUGCUUUAUCGCGGAGUGUUCAAGAAUAUAACGUUUGGGACUCGUGUCGUGCCCAACAAGUGAGGGAGAUUUUCAGCUGUGUGGUUCUCCAGCUGGGGGUUCAACUUCUGAAGUGGCUUUACGCACGAGCUCCUCUCCUUUUAAAGCCAUAGAUCUGCACGCUUGGAGGUGAUCACUGAGCGGUAGGAUGGCGGAGGAAAUCCCAAAUGAUUCACUCCCAGAUCUGAGGGAACUGGAAAAUAAGGUUGGCAGGAAAACACCGGAAAGUCUGCUGAUGUGGAUGAGGGAUGCUGCGGACCGUGAAGAUGUCUGGAGGUCUGAUGUUGUGGAUAGAAGUGAGCGCAGAUUUGCCCUCAGCGAACAUUUUUCUGAUAAGAUCUGCAACUUGAAGCAAGAAAUGGUGAGUUCUUUACAACAAAGAUAAAUAAUUAAUAUUUUUUUACAUAGGUUGAACGUCUUGUUGCUGUUUUAUACUCUUUUAGUGCUCCUUUUCUGUGCCAGAUGGCCGCAGACUUGCACUACUUGUUUCAUCAAUCACAGCCCUGUGUAUUCUCAUGACAUGCUUUCUGUUGGCUUCACAAAUGCCAGAGCACAGAGUUCCGAGCGACUUCACCUGCUUAUUUUAAUGUCUACUGACAACCACUGUCACCUGUGGCUCCACCACACCCCUCACCUGGCUUCCUUCUUAUUCACCUCUAUUCAUAACACACAUUCUGCAUGAAUUCCUCCACUCAAUCUCUGUCACCCCUCUAGUCAUCCUUCCUCAUUCCUCUCAUUUAAUCUGCUUUUUUCUUCUUCAGGUAUGUUUGGCGAAUGCACAUACAAAUUAGGACCUCGUUUUUUCAGGGGUGGUAUUAGUUCUUUUUUUUAUUAUUUUUAUUUUUAUUUUUAUUAUAAUAAUAAUAAUAAUAAUAAUAAUUAUUAUUAUUAUUAUUAUUUAUUAUUAUUAUUUAAUUGCAAACAUUUAACAUGACAUGCAAAGGGGUGAAGUGCAAUCUGAAAAAAAUUUGAAACAAAAAAUAACAAGAAAUUUUAAAAACAAUACCAACGAAGACAAUAACAAGAGACAAAAACAACAACAACAACAACAACAACAAAAAGAUAAUGGUACAUCAGCAAAAAAGGCAAGCGGAGCAAAAACACAAAUGAGACAGGAGUAGGGAGUAUUGGUCACAACUGUUCAAAAUGUAUGGUAAGGAAUAUUGUCGCUUGAUUGUGUGGAUAAGUACAAUGUAUGUGAUUUGGGAGCAAAAUGUUAUGUAAAAUAAAAAUAAUAAUAAAAAUAAUAAAGGAAAAACUAAUAAGCAAUUGAACACGAAAGAAAAUCAGAUAAAAUAAUAAUAAUAACAAUAAUAAUAAGAUAUAAUAAUGAUAGUAAUAAUAAUAAUAAUAAUAAUAAUGAUAAUAAUAAUGCUUUUGAGACAUCACUUGUGAGGUUGGGGGGCCAGGCUCACAGGCAAUAAGUGUAAGGCUCUGAGAAGAAGAGGGGUCCAGGUUGCUUCAAAAUAAUGACUUUGGUCUUGGAGAGCGGCUGAGAGUUUUUCCAUAGAUAUGUAUUCUGUAAGGAUUGGGGCUGGUAUUAGUUCUGUUUAGGGGUCCUGUGAGUCUAAAUGAAAGUCACUAAUAUCACAGCUUUUAUUUACACCUGCAUUUCCUCUUCACCUUUCCUGCAGAGGUGGCUGCGCUCUGCUGAUGUGAGGAUCCUGAGACAGCUAGUGGCCGUGCACGAAGGAAUCGAGGCCAUGCGUUGGCUGAUGGAGGAGCGGGAUGCUUUAGUCAGCCGGGGCAGCAGCCUGACAGGCAGCCUGAGCAGCUUAGUGACUGUGGAGGAGCCUGGGCCACUCAUGUCCCCCAGCAGGUAGUGUGUUAACUGUAGCAGAUCUAGAGCUUCCUGUGGGCACAGACACCACUCUUCCAACACCAUUAAGAUGGAAGAAAAACAGUUUUAAACUGUUAUCUAGAGGUGUUGUAGCAGCUUCAGCUUUCAAUGAAAAGUUACACUUAGUCUCCCAAUGACUGGACAGGCUGUUAUCACUGUAGCAUCCUAAUUUGAACUGUUGCAUUUUUCUGCAGAUAUUUUCUCAGGAUAUGCAGAUCAGACCUUAUUUUUUACCCAAUGUAUCUUGAAAUAUGAUGUUUAUCUAGACUGUCAUAUAAAAGUGCUUUAUAUUAAGUCUUAUUAGACAUUUUUGACCCCAAAUAAGGCAAGUGUACUUCUAAGUGAUAUAUUUCCAACUAGCAAAUGUUUCAAGCCUUUUAAAAAGUUUUGCUCACAGAGUCCAGAAACAAUCAUCUGUAUUGUAAAAGAAAGCAACUUUGUUCAGCACACACUCAUAGGCAAUUCAGUUUGCAAAUAACAGAAAUAUCCAAGGGAGACUGAAGACAUUUACAAACACAUAGGAGACACAAAUAUUGAAAUGUAUAUAAAAUACAGAACUCCAAUUAUACUGUUUUAUACAGUAUAAUUAUACAAUUAUACAGUUUCUAAGCUGUGGAAAAAUAGUAGGUUUAAAUGGUGAUAUGUUGGAAAAAUAAAGUGGAGGUUGGAUUCAUGCAAAGGCACGUGAAAACAGAAAUGUCUCAUUCCUCAAUUUAUGGAUGCCCACGUUUUGGGCGCCUCAAUCAGCGGGUGAAUGUGGUGGGAAUUGAUAAAUGUGACAAGAUGUAGAAACACUUUCAGUAGUCAGAAAGAACGAAAAGCUUUACUAAACAUAAGUACAAAACCAUUUAAUCAUUUAAUAAUAAUACCUUUAUUUAUUUACACUUUUCAAAGCAGAGUUACAAAGUGCUCCACAAAAACAGAGUAGAAAUAGAAAAAGAAUAUACAACAGCAAGACAGCAAUGCAAUUUCCUAAAACAAUCAGUAACAAGAAUGAUUAAGAAUUCAGUAAAAGACAAAACCCCAACUAUGUUAAAAGUUUUUUUUUUUUUUAAAUAAGUUAAAAAUAAUUCUGAUAAACAUAAUAAAAUAAGACUUAAUUAAAAGUUAGGAACCAAGAGCUAAGUUAGAACUCAUAUCCAGUAAAAGCACUCUUAUAAAAUAAGGAAUUCGCCAGUCUGAUCUCCUCAGGCAGUUUGUUCUAGACAGAGAAGGAUCUGAUAAAAAAAGAAGCCUGGACCCCCUUGGUCCUCAGCCUGGACUGGGGAAUAGUCAGCAGACCCAAAGCUGAGGACCUCAGGGUAAGAAAAGGCUUGUAGAUCAGUGAUGUACUUUGGGGCAGGUACAGACAGUACUUUAAAAGUUAUGAUUAAGAUCUUGAAAACCAACUCUAAAAUUAACUGGGAGCCAAUGAGGAAAGGCUAAAAUAGAAGUGAUAUACUCUCUCGUUUCUGUUUUGGCAAAACUGGCAGUGUACUGUAGUGCCUAAAUGCUGCUUUGCCAUGUUUAGGUAGGACUCUUUACCAUACGAGUCUGACCUGGGUCUACAGAUUUGAGGCUCUUAUUUGGCUGAUAGAUUCUGAAUGAACAAGAUUUUUUUUUCUGGGCCUAUACAAUUAGAAGACUUGCAAACUACUAGGAACACUUUAAACCAUCCCCCUGUAGUUAAGUAGAAAUCAGUUUUUAAAACUUAAGCAAUAGUCUCAGUUUUGUAAUAAGAUUUCUAGUGAUGGCAUCCUGAUUUAGCUGCAGCUGUUUUUGAGGAAUCCAGCAAGAAGACUAUAAAGUCUCAGAGGGCACCAGAGUUGCACAUGAUGUGUGCAGGGUCUUCAGGUUAAAAACUGAUCCGUGCUGCAUGUCAUCUUUCUUUCUCUUUUUGGUGUCCUAUCUAACACAGGCAUUUUAAAGUACCACUAAAAAGAAGACCUCCAUAAUAAUCCAACCAACUUCAAAUAAAAACAUGUCUUCUCCCUUAUUUUAAGAUUUUAAAGUCAGUAAAAGGCAUUCACGCAUGCACUUCACCAUGUGAGUUUUUGCAUGUUUUUAGGGUUUUGUGUUCACAUGAAUACAGCUUUAGUUAUGCAAAAUUUUGCCAGAUUUGUUCAACCUGCCAGGAACUGUGUAGAUAUAAGGUUUCUACCUGAUUUAGGUUUUGGAUUCCAUUUGUGGAUUAAUGUUUCUACUCUUGCUUUCACAGAGAAAACCGAAGUCCCACUCAAAAUAUGAGUGAAUCCACGGGCGAUGAGUUUGCGAAUGAGCAGUCACACACUGACCAUGACGAUUCAAACCACAGGAGCUGCUUUGACACGCUGAGCUCUGACUCUUCUGAAGCUGUGCCUCCAAGUCCUUCCACCUCUACAUUUGAAGUCACCUGUUUCACACAGAGCAGGAAUGAUCAGUUAUCCUUCUAUCCUGAAAACUGUCAUGAUAAUGCCAAUUUCCUUAAAUCACAACCACAGGACUCAAACACAGCUCCUUCAAAAACCAUGAAAUCUGGAAGUGACAUCAUCAGGAGAGCUCUACUCAGGUCAAGCAGGGCGCGAAAAGAGGUGAGAGCAGAUCCUGAUAUUUUGAUCAGCAGUCAACACUCAGAGGAGAAAAAGACAGAGCAACAAACUCAGGAGACUUUCACAGACUCUCAGAACAAUAUCAUGGAGGAGGAAGAGGCUACAGCAGAUAACGGGGCAGUGCUGCUGGGCUACGAUGCUCAGUGGUGCUGGGUGGAGUCCCAGGACGAUGUUACGUUCCUAUGAUUUUCAUGUAUAAUUCUGGUUUGUUGCAUAAAUCUUAGUAAGCAAAAUGCUUGUCGUGAAGUGGACUUGCACUUUGACACUGCUGAAUGAUAAAAAAUCUGAAGUUGUAUGUCCACGAUCACUAUCAAUAUGUUACCAACAUCUCUGUCACUGCUGUAAGACACAUGCUGUUUCCCUUUCUUCUUGCUCGUUUAUCAAAUUCAGUUAUCAGAAAACUUUAUUUAUUAAAAGUCUCAUCUAUGAAGAAAAAAUGUAAUAAAAUGUAUAAAACAAGAAAAGAAAAAGUAUUUUAUUUCAGUCAUUGUGAUACUGAAAUUAAUCUUUAUUAUGGUCUACACAAGUUUCAAUAAAUAUAUUCAAAGCUUUUGAGAGGAACUUUCUGUUUGUCUGUUUUUGCUGAAGAAAAAAAUUAAUAAAAAAUGUUUCUGCA